AACGGGCGCAAAUGUAGAUUGCAGCAAAUUUUGAUAAAACGUAAUUGUUCAAAAUGGCAUAUCUCCGAAAACGCAAAAAAUCGCAGGCUGGAAAUUUCAGCAAUGUUAGAUUAUGAUCCAAUCUUUCAAGUGAUCUUAGUUUCAUGUUUAGCAUCGUUUAGCAAAAAAAGUACUCGAUUAACAAACACAAAAAAAUAAGUUUUGUCAAAAAAAUGCUUCAGUUAUUCGAUGAAAACUUCAGUUUUUGGUAUGGAAACAACAUUUUAUAUAUUAAUAGUUUCAAAGCUUAUCUCAUUACCUUUCCAACGAUGUAUAAUUGUCCUAAUGAAAUAUUUAAAAUGGCUGAGCUAUGUUAAAAUUAAACAAUCAGCCUUUUUUUACGAAAAACGCUAGUUUUUUACUCCAUUUUUUGACUUUCAGCUUGCGUAUCUCUGUAAUGAACAAACUUAGAGCUUUGAAAAUUUGGAUUUUUCUUAGUUAGAAUGUUUACUUUCGAGAAAAAAAUACCAAAAAAUAUUUGGAGAAGGUAACUUUUUUACCAUAGUGCUACGCCGGGUGUGUGUGUGCAACUGUAGCGGAUCGGAGGAGCGGAGCUUGUGUUCCUGUUUGCCGCAGGUGCCGUGCCGCAACCAAGAGGAUCGAGAGCGUAAAUUCCGGGAUUUGCAACCGGUGGGAGGAUUUCGGCUGGAUUCGGCUGAUUGGCUGCGAAGGUGCGGUAGUCGGUGGAAUUUCAUCAUAGGACGCCAUUUUGGACGCUAACUGGGCGGCGAUGCGACGCGGCGAGCGUUGAUUUUCUUUUGUUGUUGGAGGAGAUGAAACGCAAGGUAAGGGCGAUUGGGGUCAAACAAGCUCUUUUUGCCUUUUUUUUAUUUAAAAAAAGUGAAAUUUCCUAGGCAGUAUCACCAAGGAAUUUGCCAACCUCCUGUGGCCGAAUGGUUACGGGUUUCGCCUCAUAAGCGGAAAGUCAUGGGUUCUUCUCAGGGUGGCAGCCUUAGGUUUAAGUUCAGAGGUAGCAGCAACCGUAUGAGUAUAAAACGGUUGCUUCACGUGCUCUUCUAGCAUUUUACAGCAUCUGGAUGGAACAGCACUUUCCCUCUCAAUAGGGACUGUGUUAUAGAUCUGGAAAUGCUUAAUAACAGUAAAAAUGGGUAACACGAUACAAUAGUCCUUGUAAUCAGGAUUCCGUGUCUUAACACUGGAACGCCCAACGCAUGUCCAACUUACACGGACGCCCAAGCCUCCCAAAAAAGGUGGAACGGUAACUUCAACUCGCUGGUUCUCGGGCAUUACUCAACCAAUCGGGACGAUUCUUGUUUCCAGUGAUUUGUAAGAAUAUCUAGAUGAUCCUAAAAUUUUGCAGAACUUGAUUUGAACAAAUCUGUAAUUUCUGCGAUCGAAAACAUCGUUCCACCUUUUUUAAAACGACUGCCUCCGCGGAAUUUUUGGCGAAUUUUUUUUUACACGCGAAAAAAAAAGUUGGAACGAUGUUUUUGAUCGCAAAAAUUACAGAUUUAAUCAAAUUAAGUUCUGCAAAAAUCUAGAAUCAUCUAGACAUCCUAACAAAUCACUGGAAAGAAGAAUCAUCUUGAUUGGUUAAGUUAUGCCCGAGAACCAUUGAGUUGAAGUUACCGUUCCAACUUUUUUGGAGCCUUGGGCGUUGGAAUGUUAAUACUCAAACAGAAAAAAAUCACCAAGGAAAUUUUUGUUUCGACAGUUUGGUGUACUAAUAAUUAACAUUUUGCUUUGUGACAGUAAGUGGGUGUGUGUGUGUGAAUCUUUUGUUCAAUUGAACAAAGGGUUUCGUCAUUUUAUUUAUUGGUUCACUAAGAGUUUUUCUUUUUCUUUAAUUUAGUGAGGCCAAAUCGCCACGGUGUAAUUCAGCUGUUUGAGCCGGUGCACAAACAUUUGAUUUGCUGAUCGACGUUUUCCUGUGCUGGUGCACGGUGCGCACGAUGAGUUAGUGCAGGAGGUUAAGUUUGCUUGCUGGCAAAGGCCGGGUGCGAGAUCGGUGAGUAGCAAGCUUUUCUUUGUUUUGAUCCCUGGAUUUGCAGUAAUAGAGAUUUUUGUAUGUGUUUUUCUUUUAAUUUUUUCUUUGGGAAAUUUGGAAUUUGAUUUUUAUUACCUGAUUUUUGAUAUCAAGACAUGUGUUCGAACGGGUUAGCUACCUCUAUUGAGAUGUUUAGGAAGGGUACGUCAUUUACGGACUGGUCCGAUCGACUGGCCUAUACCUUUCACGCAAAUCAAGUUGCGGCUGAUCGCCAAAAAUCGCAUUUCAUGACGAUUUGCGGACCGUUUCUUUUUUCUCAAUUGAAGCUGCACUUCAGCAAAGAUGAGCUGGAAAAAGCCUCUUAUGCUGAUAUUGUGUUAAAAUUGAAACAAAAAUUGACCAAAACGGAGCCGGAAUUAGUCCAACGCUUUCGUUUUAGUCAGCGAAACCAGCAACCUGAUGAAUCCAAUGAGGAUUUCGUGCAGGCGGUCAAUCUGCAGGCGGAAUUAUGUGUUUUUGGUGCGUUUAGGGACGUGGCCAUAAUGGACAGAGUUCUGGCGGGUCUUCUUGACGAAAAUUUGAAGGAGAAUUUGUUGAAGGAGGAGGGGUUGACUUUGGACAAGAUGGACAAGUUCAUCACAACAUGGAACAUAGCAAAACGUUACGUGAGUGCACUUAACAAUCAAAACUCUUGUGCUAAUUUUGGACAAUUUAACUACCCUCCACCUGAAAUGGUCAACCAAGUUCGAAGACCGGUGCACGAGAGGUUAGGUUCACAUCCCUACAAUAAUAGACAACAUUCAAACACACAUAACAACAAUUACAGAUCGGGCUUCAAUAUAAACAGUAAUAGAUACAACAACAAUAGAUCGGGUCAAAAUAAAAAUCAACAGCGCGCACAAAACACACAAAAUACACACAACACACAACGUUCAGUCAGAUUUCAAGGUGAUAACCGUAAUGACAAUCAAAGAAACACAAACUACAAUAACAACAACAACAACAGAUUCAAUUAUCGAACUGAGAGGGUUAAGCCUGAUUAUUCUGAGACUGUUUGCGAUUAUUGUGGGAAACUGGGGCACAUUAAAAAGAGGUGCUUCACCUGGAAAAAUUUGCGACGUGAUGCUGUGAAUUUCGUCGAGAUGGCGCGACCGGGAACCAGUGCUGAGAGAGAGAGCUGGCGGAUCUAUUGGGGCGUAUGAACAGGAGGGAAAAUCCGAAUGAGGAGACUUCGG